CCUAUCAGAGUACAAGUGGCUUAACAGCGUUUGCGUCACAGCAGCAUCUGGAGGCUAGUAUUAGUUAUAUAAACUAUAAAAGUGAUUAAAGGGAGAUCUGAAGGUCCAGCUCUCGGCAGCAUGCAGUCCGACACGCUGCUGCACGUCGCCAACUUCAGCACGCUGUUCGUGUGCAUGGUGCUGAAGUUCCCGCAGAUCUUCGCGCUGGUGAGAGCCAAAAGUCCAUCAGGGAUCAGCCUCAACAGUGUGCUGCUGGAGCUCACCGGAUUCAUCAUUUUUGUAACUUACCAGAUGUACUACGACUACCCACCCCCGACAUACCUGGAAUAUCCAAUCCUCAUUGCUCAAGAUGUCAUUCUUCUGCUCCUGAUUCUUCACUACAACGGCAGCCUGCGGCUGAGCCUCGUCUACGCCUUGCUGUUGGUCGGAGGCUGGAGGCUCCUCACUGUGGAGAGGUGGAUCAUAGAUCUGGCCAUGAGCCUGUGCACGUUUAUUAGUGCGGCCAGUAAGCUCGCCCAGCUGCAGUGCAUGUGGAGCUCCAAGGAUGCUGGACAAGUUAGCGCCCUCACCUGGGCCAUGGGUACCUACACGUGUAUAGCGCGGAUUUACACCACCACAGUGACGACCGGAGACAUGCAGGUUCUGGUCCGGUUUGUGGCAAUGACUCUGCUCAACCUGUGGGUGCUGCUCACCGUCGUCUAUUACCAACAAAGAAGAAGCGGCAGAAGCUCAAAGAAAUAUGACUAAUGGAGUCCUGGAGCAACCUGGAUGGUUUCUGCUGCAGAGCUCGCUGCAUCAGCUUAGGCACAAACAAUGUUCAGGGUAACGGUUAGAUUCCUGAUGAAAAGAGAGUACACCCUCUUUCACUUAUAGGGUUUUUAAUUCAGAAAAAAAAAAUGUUCUGGACUUUACCAGUUUCUAAAAUGGUUUAAAUCUCCGGCUGCACUCUUUCAGUAUUCAUUAAACAAAGACGAGGCCAAAAAUGAAAAGCUGUGACUACGACCCUGAUGCACCAAUGAGAAAGAGGCUUUAGCGAAACAGUCAUUGCUGCCCAAUAGUAUUAAAAAGGAAAAAUAUAUUUUCAAAACCCAUUUUUAUCCUGCCAUUCUACAAAGAAAUUAUUCACAAGCCUUAAAUCGACUGCCACUCUUCCUAGAAGUGAACGUCGGUCCCUUUUGGUACCAAAAAGGUUUAAUUACAGUUUACAUCUGCCAACCUUUUUUUUUGGUACAAGACAAAAACUAAACAUCUCAUACGGAAAGGCAAACUGUUAUGCAAAAUAAUUUUUAGGCAACUAAUAAGAACUCAAAAAUAGUUGAGGGAGAUGAAAUUCUAUGAGAUAAACUUUUGGCAUGUGAAAAGGCAAGAUGAAUGGAAAGAAAACAGCAAAUAAUGUAAUCUUUGCUUUUACAUCUGCAACACAUAAUUUAGGUAUUCAAAAGGCGAAUCCAAAUAGUUAUUUCAGAUUUUAAAAAAGGUCAUUAUUGUUGGUCUACUGCAACAUCUAAACUGAAUUCAGUUCCAUCCCUGGAUAAAUAUUUUUAAUAAAAAAAUUAUUUUCAUUAAGGAUGCAGCACCUUAAAAAUGCAUUCCUCAGAUCUCAUAAUUUUCUUUAAAAAAAACAAAAGUAUCAGUGGGUUUAUUGACAAAACUAAAAUGACUACAGAUGACUAUUCUGUCAUAAAAACUAAGUUAUAUUUUAAUCAAAAGACUAAUUAAGGGUCAAUUAUUUUCAGUAUCAGUAAGGUUUUUUUAAACGACAUCAGAGGAAGUACAGAGAUAAAAGAAACUUCAUGGGAAAGGUUUUGUUACCAGGUUAUUCCCGGUUUUCUGAAAACAGUGUGAGGACUGGGCGCCCACAGUGAGGUACCAAGCGAGAUUUGAAAGAAAAACAUUUCCCACAAAACGUUGAAAGACAUCUGCAAACUCUUCAAUCUGCAAGAGACCGAGACCUUCAUUAGAUAACAGGAAGGCACCAAUGAAAUGAAUACUAGUCUUUGUCAGCAUCUUAAAUGUCUUAAUUAUGACCAAACGAGUAUGACCAGUUUGGUCAUAUUUCCCAGCAUCUUUUUUUGGUGAAGGAAAAAAAAAAAACAUAUCA